UUGAAACCCUAACAUUUAGUUAUUUUGUUUUGUUUGUUGUUUACAUUAUAAAUCAUUAAAAGACAUGUUGCACUCUCAAGCAAUACAUUCCCUGCCCACACUGCAUCAACCUCUGCACUCCAAGGUAUCAAAUUAUCUAAACAACCAGCGGAGAACGGGACAAUUCUGUGAUCUGCUCCUCGAGCUAGAUUCCGACGAUGCCCUGAGUUUAAGGGUCCACUUUUGUGUCUUAGCCGCCCAGAGUCAGUUGAUAAACACCAACCAGAAGCAACAACAGUUUUCCAUUCACAACCCUCUGAAGAUCACCAUCCGAAAUUUUAGCUGCACUCAAUGCCUGCAUACGAUUGUCGAUUUCUUCUACGAGGACAUUGUUUCCGUAUCCAAAGAGCACGAGCCACACUUCCGGGAACUGGCACAAAUACUUGCAGUCACCGAGCUGCUGAACCUCUACCAGAUGCAGCCUUUGGGAGAAGUGAACGAAGCUUCAGAGAUUAUAGUUCCCGGAGACAAUGAACUAAGCUUGGAGAAUCCGGUGAAGAAAUCCGAGGACGUGUUUGAGAAUCAGCAGAGCUACUUUAAGUUAAAGAACCCCAGAGCUGUGAAAUCUAGCAGUAAGGUGAACUAUUGCAUUGGCUGCGACUUCAAGUGCUACCCGGUACAGAAGAUGAUCGAGCAUAUGGGAAGCUGUGAGCCCUCGCACCUUACUUGCUCCCUAUGCGAGGUGGGAUUCCUUCACUGGCGAGAAUACGACCGACAUCUUCGCAGGCAUUCCGGAGAUUUGCGAAAGCCCUUCUUCUGCCUGCAGUGCGGGAUUCGGUUCACAACGCGGGCAGCGCUACUCGUCCAUCAGCCCAAGCACUCUACGGAAACGCCACACAUCUGUCCACACUGCGGAAAGGGCUUCAAGUGGAAGCAAGGCCUCAGCAAUCACAUACUGGUGCAUAAUCCAGAGAAGCAAAUGCUUUGCGACGUCUGUGGCUACAGCACCACCCACAUGAAGGCCCUCAAAUCCCACAAACUGCUCCACACAGGUGAGUUUUUCGCUUGCACUGUUCCAGGAUGUAAGCAUCGCGCCAAUCGCAAAGAGAACCUCAAGCUACACAUCGAGACGCACAAGCAGGGCCGGGAUUUUAUCUGCGAAAUCUGUGGUUGCAAGUUCAGCCAGAGUAAGAAUCUCAAGCGCCAUGCCUUAAAGCAUACGGAGAAUGGUCCGAAUCGUUACAAGUGUCAGCUAUGUGGAUUUAGUAGUCAUCGUUCCGAUAAAAUGAAGGAGCACGUUCAACGUGUGCACACGGAAAAGGCGGUGCAACUAGAACUUUCUGAGACGGUGGACAGCUCAUUUCCCGACGAUUUCGACCUGCCUAUUAUCGACACUGUGCCAUCACCCAAGAAAAAACAGUCCAAGGAAGUCGUCAAGUCGAAGCUUAAAAAGGAAACAAACCCCGAGAGGCGUUUGAAAAUAUUACUGCCAAAGGAGACUGUCGAAAAGGUGUAAUCAAAGCAGGAGGCUAAUGAUUAGCUUCAUUGUUAUCUGAUUACAGAAGGAAUUUAUGAAAAUAUUGAUAAUAUGAUACACAAAUAUUAAAUGAUCUCUGAUGCAUCAUCAAUUUAAUAGGGAAAAAAUUAUACCUGUGGGUAGCAGGAUGCAACGAAGCAAAAUGAUUUGAUUAUAAAUAUUUUUGAGUUAUUAAGGUGUUUAUAUUAAGAAUGAUUAACGCACCAUUUGUAUACUGUAAAUAUUUAUAGGAACUACUAAAAGCUAGUUUAUGUUUUGAAACAUUUAAGAAGUAAUUAAAUGGCUGC